GGCAGGCGCGCGGCGCGCAGGGGAGGGACCGCGGGGCAGGAAUGCGCCGCGCAGGAGGCAGCGGCGGGACGUGUAAGGGCAAGUUCCCCGGGCGGCCUCCCUGCGCGCAGACGGAGCCGGGGCGAGCCAGCGAGAGCUGCCGGCCGCGAAGCCGGGCGCCCGGGGCAGAGGCUGAAGCGGGGCACGGGGUGACCCAGCGCGCGCGCCGGGCAGCGGCGUCCUCGGGGCUGCGGGGCGCGCGCACCAGCGGUCUCGGGGGGCGCAGGGGGCGCGCGCGCGCGCGCGGCCGGCCGGCGAUCCCGGUUCCCCGCGGCGCUCCCGGCUCCCCGGGCCCGGGCCCAUGACGGCGGCGGCGGCCGUGCUGAAGGAGGGCGUGCUGGAGAAGCGCAGCGGCGGCCUCCUGCAGCUGUGGAAGCGGAAGCGCUGCGUGCUCACCGAGCGCGGGCUGCAGCUCUUCGAGGCCAAGGGCGCGGGCGGGCGGCCCAAGGAGCUCAGCUUCGCGCGCAUCAAGGCGGUGGAGUGCGUGGAGAGCACGGGGCGCCACAUCUACUUCACGCUGGUGACCGAGGGCGGCGGCGAGAUCGACUUCCGCUGCCCCCUGGAGGACCCCGGCUGGAACGCCCAGAUCACCCUGGGCCUGGUCAAGUUCAAGAACCAGCAGGCCAUCCAGACGGUGCGCGCCCGGCAGAGCCUGGGCGCCGGAACCCUCGUGUCCUAGACCGCAGGGCGCGCCGUGGUACCUCCCCCGCGGGGGUCACAUGGGCGUCCGGACCCCUCGGGCGCGCGGUCCAGGCCGCGUCCCGGUCGCGUGCAGGAGGCGUUGCCGCUGAAGGGUCAGGUGGCCGGCCCGGGAGGAGGGCAGAGGCCACGCGGGGCUGAGGAUGAAGAUUCAGCCCCUGGACGCUGCGGCGCUCAGGACGUCCCCGGCACGGAGCCCGCGAGCCACAGGGCCGACUCGUGGAUCACGGGGGAGACCUGGCACCGAAGCCCCUCCCGGGGCCCGGCCAUCUGCCCUGCAGACUGCUGCCCGCCCCGGCUCGGUGCCCGCCCGGAGGAGGAGGGCCGUGCCCCACGGGGCGCCGAGCCUCAGGACACAGAGGCCAGCCCGGCCCCCCGGGGGGGACCACCUCUGGACUGACCUUGGCCGGGGGGAGCCGAUGGGUCUGACGCCCACGCUGGGGGGGGGUCUCCUGCUGCUUAGUUCCCUCUGGGACCCCCCAACCCUUCCAGGCCCCCUCUUUGCACACUUCUCCCCCCGCCUCCUGUCCUUCUACCCCGCCGCCCCCCGCGGUGCUAGGCCUGGAGGGGGUGGGGGUGGGGUGGGGUCUGGCCCUUACCAUUUCAUGCCCGUUCCCGAAUGAAGACGCCCUGCCCGGGGCAGUGCCCA